AUGCCGCACCGCAGCGUCCUCAUUGCAGAGUUCAUCAAAGUCCCCACGGAUAAUUCAUCUUCCUCCCCUGUCCAGGAAAAUAAAAAUCAGUUUCCACUGCUAACAACGAAGAGGGUGUUCUGGAAAGGGGUGCUGGAGGAGCUGCUGUGGUUCAUCAAGGGUUCUACAAAUGCCAAAGAACUCUCUGCAAAGGGUGUGAAGAUUUGGGAUGCUAAUGGAUCACGUGAGUUCCUGGAUAAGCAGGGUUUCAGCACCAGAGAGGAGGGAGAUUUGGGACCAGUUUAUGGUUUCCAGUGGAGGCACUUUGGAGCAGAAUACAAAGAUAUGCAUGCAGAUUACUCCAACCAAGGAGUGGACCAGUUGCAAAAAGUGAUUGAAACGAUCAAAACCAAUCCAGAUGACAGAAGAAUCAUUAUGUGUGCUUGGAAUCCCAAAGAUAUUUCUCUGAUGGCUUUACCUCCAUGCCAUGCCCUUUGCCAGUUCUAUGUUCUAAAUGGUGAACUGUCUUGCCAACUUUAUCAGAGGUCGGGAGAUAUGGGACUAGGAGUGCCUUUCAAUAUUGCCAGCUAUUCACUGCUCACAUACAUGAUUGCCCAUGUCACAGGGCUGAAGCCUGGAGAGUUCAUACACACAUUAGGAGAUGCUCACAUAUAUCUGAAUCAUGUGGAACCUCUAAAAGUUCAACUUCAGAGGGAGCCAAGACCUUUCCCCAAACUCAGAAUUCUUCGUAAGGUUGAAGACAUCAGUGACUUUAAGGCAGAAGACUUUCAGAUUGAAGACUAUAAUCCUCAUCCACCUAUUAAAAUGGAGAUGGCUGUUUAAUGCUAUAAACCAGCUUCUAUUAAUGUGGAAAUGUACCAAAGCUACUUACCUUUCUCUGUGCUUAAAGUU